AAAUACUGCCUAGGCAUUGUGAUGCUCUAAUAAUGUCUAAACAAGCUUGAUUUAUUCACCGCUCACCAGAUUUCCUUCCCGGAACGCACUAAAACCCUAACCCUAGCUCACAAAACCCUUCCUCAUUUUGUCGUGGCCAUGGAGAUGAUGGACGUAUCAUCUGAAGAUGACCCUCAAAAGCCCGAGGUGUUGCGCAAACUCACUGCAGCCGGCGGUCCCUUACCUUCUUCAAUUGCGAAGCUCUCUGCCUCUUCAAGAGGCCUACCUGCGGAAAAGGACUUCCAUUUUUACAACAAUUUCCCCGAAUUCAAAUCUCCAGUCAAAACAACAGACAAGAAAUCGAAAGAGAUUCUCGAAAAGGUGGGGGCGUUGUCGGAAUUAUGGGGUAAAGCGAUGCUACUCCCAGACGAUUCCGAUGAUGAGUACGACUGGCUGGUGAAUGUUAAUGACGAUGUGCUUGAGAGGCUAGACGCCUCGCUUGACGAGUUCCGGGCUGCACGCAAGAUAGAAGAGGAAAAGGGCGUGAGAAUGGAGUCGGAAGGUGGGUUUCAGGUGGUGCUUGGGAGAAGGAAUAAGAAGCUAGCGAGUGCCAGUGGCUCUGGCAAAAUUAUCCUGGAGAGGAGUGAAGAGAAGGUGGCGGAUGGGGUGAAGGUGGCCACAAAGCCGAAGCCGAAGGUCCCCUUUCAUAUACCCACAAUUCCUAAGCCACAGGAUGAGUAUAAGAUAGUAGUGAACAACUCUAACCAGCCUUUUGAGCACGUGUGGUUACAGAGGAGUGAUGACGGGUCCAGGUUCAUACAUCCCCUGGAGAAGCUUUCUGUACUGGACUUUGUUGAUGGUGAUGGCACUAUAGAUCCCAUUGAACCUCCUCCUAUAGAGAGCACUCCAUUUAAGCUUGUAGAGCAGGUCAAAGAUCUGAAGGAGUUAGCUGCCAAGUUGCGCAAAGUGGAUGAAUUUGCGGUUGAUUUGGAGCAUAAUCAAUAUCGAUCAUUUCAAGGGCUAACAUGCCUAAUGCAAAUAUCCACAAGAAGUGAAGAUUUUGUUGUGGACACCCUGAAACUUCGCAUUCAUGUUGGUCCAUAUCUAAGAGAAGUUUUUAAGGACCCAACCAAAAAAAAGGUUAUGCAUGGAGCGGAUAGAGAUAUUAUAUGGCUUCAACGUGACUUCGGCAUAUAUGUCUGCAAUCUAUUUGACACUGGUCAGGCCUCAAGGGUUUUGAAACUGGAGAGGAACAGUUUGGAGUAUCUGCUGCAUCAUUAUUGUGGAGUUGCGGCAAAGAAAGAAUACCAGAAUGCAGAAUGGAGAUUGCGCCCACUCCCUAUUGAGAUGGUGAGAUAUGCCAGAGAAGAUACACAUUAUCUGUUAUAUAUUUACGAUGUAAUGAGGAAGCAGUUGCUUGAACUACCCACGGACACUGAAUCUUCUGAUUCUCCUUUGGUAGAGGUAUACAAGCGCAGCUAUGAUAUAUGCAUGCAGAUGUAUGAAAAAGAACUUUUAACUGAUAGUUCAUAUCUCCACAUAUAUGGGUUGCAGGGAGCUGGGCUGAAUGCUCAACAGCUUGCUAUUGUUGCUGGACUCUGUGAGUGGAGAGAUGCUAUUGCCCGUGCUGAAGAUGAAAGUACUGGCUAUAUUUUACCAAACAGAACCCUGAUUGAAAUUGCUAAGCAGAUGCCUCUCGUUGGCAACAAGUUGCGGCGGUUUGUAAAAUCAAAGCAUCCUUAUGUCGAGCACAACCUUAGUGCUGUAGUCAGUAUCAUUAGGCACUCUAUCCAAAAUUAUGCUGCAUAUGAAGCUGCUGCCAAACAGUUAAAAGAAAGGCAUAUGGAAUUAGCAUCUCAAGAAAACACUCAGGCUGAUACUGAGGGAGCUGAAGGCUUUACACCUGAAUCUCCUGAACAAUUGAAAAUGUCUACAGAAACAGAAGAUACUAACAUCGGUGUUGAACUAGAUAAUAGUACCCAUGGAAGUUCAGUAGCUGGAAAACAACAGAAAAACAGGUAUUUAGAGCCUGGAAAUUGUACCACUAAAGUCAGCCCUUCUUCAAGGGAUCACACAAAUGAGCAUCGAUGUGAAAAUGAGAAUGUGAAGGUUACUACAUCGAAACAGGCAGAAGUAAUUGUUCCAGCUCUAAGGAAGCCAAGCCGUGGUCUUGGGAUGCUGUUGGGUGGCUCGGCUAAGAGGAAGUUGGACUCUGAUAGAAGAGAUCAGGAUGAAAUGAAAUUGGAGCAGAUAAAGUCUUCUUUGAACCUUCGGUUCCAAACAUUUUCAGAGAGGAGUGAACAGUUACCUCAAGCUGUGCAAGAACCUGCUCAACCAUUAGAAAGCUCACAUCAAAAGGAGGCUGUUGAUGUGCCAGUCACUACCUCAAAUUUAGAGGACAUUAUAGUUUUGGACGACGAUGAUGAUGAUGACAUGGAAGAACCAGGAAAUGAGGAAUCUGAAGCUUCUAAAUCUUUGCAUCACGAGGAAGAGCCCGUUGCUGAGCCAGUCACUACACAUUGUGAAGAUGUUAUAAUUUUGGAUGAUGAUGAAGACGAUGAAAAUGCUGAGGAACCAGUAAAAGGUGACUCAGAAGCUGCUAAUGUUCAGCCGCUGCAGAGGGGAAAUGGUGAAUCCGCUUCUUCUGCCAACAUUGAAGAGGAAGAUGGGUCUGUCUCACUCUCUGAUCUCUCUUCCAGCUUUCAGAAGUGCUUUCAGUCUAUCAAUGAAUCACGAAAAGCCACGCUAGCUGAAAAGUCUAAAGCUCAAGAGGUUAAUUUGCAGGUUCAGCCCUUCGACUAUGAAGAAGCAAGGAAGCAAGUAGAUUUUGGGCAAGAUGCGGUUGGGCGCAAGUCUGAUAAAAACAACAAGAAAAAGAAUACCGUCCCGGGUGAUCCCCUAAAUAAAGAGGUGACUAAUGAAUUCCAGCAAGGGAAACGACGCCAAGCUUUUCCAGUAACUGGAAAUCGUAGCUAUACUUUUCGUUGACUCUAGAUUAUGAUCAAGGUUUGUCAAGCUCCACUAUGGAAGAAAGAUGUGGAAGAUGAAAAAACUUGUAUUAAUUAAAUUUAAGAUGUUAGAAUUGGGUUUUUAAGCUUCUUGGAGGUAUCCAUAUUUUUACCCCCUAUGGUGGUAAGCGUGGGGAAUUUCCGUCUUUGCCCAUAUGGUCAUCUCUGGCAGGCAUUUGCUUGCGGUUUUGUUUCUGGACAGACUUCGGUUAAGAUAUGAAAAAAAAUUGACCUUGGCAUUUUA